AUGAUGAUGAUGUUGGAUCAUCAUUCCACUGAACAUCAUAAUGGUUUAGAUCCGAAAUCCGAUACAGAUAUUGGGAUAGUUAAUUCUAACAUAUUAUGUGAAUCUAGACGACCAAAUUCUAAUAUUCCUAAAGUAAAUGGAGAUUUCACACAUAAUACUUUUCAUUCUUCACCAACAUAUAUUUAUCCACUUGAUCGACAUUCCGCUCCAGCAUCCACAAAUAAAUCAAUCUCACGUCAAAUAACACCGAAUGAUUCGUGCCAUGAAAGUACUUUACGUUUGCACGAAGAUCGUAAACUAUUCAUUGGUAUGUUAGGAAAGCAUCAAACCGAGAAAGAUAUUCAAAAUUUAUUUUCACCUUAUGGGCUCAUUGAAGAAUGUACAAUUUUACGUGAUCAAAAUGGAUUGAGUAAAGGUUGUGCUUUUGUGAAAUACUCCUCGAGUACAGAAGCGGCAAACGCUAUCGAUCAUAUGCAUAAUAGUCAAACAAUGCAAGGUGCUUCUUCUCCGUUGGUUGUAAAAUUUGCCGAUACAGAGAAAGAACGUCAAGUUCGCAGACAGCAUCAGCAGAGCACGACAAACGGUUCUUGUUCUCCGGCGUCAGGGCAUUCUACCAGUACAGGGAUGACUAAUGGUCACUUAGAUGGGUCUCAUACAUCAAUGCAACAAUAUAAUCAACAACAAUCUCUUCGAACUCCAAUUACGAAUAUCACGGAGGCGUCUAAUAUGGCGGUAGCGGCGGCCGCUGCAGCAGCCGCGGCUAAUGCAUUUCAACAAUCACUUGUUGCGUCUAAUGUUACACCAGGGUAUUUACAAUUCCCACCCGGUUUAUUUCCUACCGCUUCAUCAAAUGCUAGCCCUGUUCCUAAUGGUUUCCAAAGUUCAGUUACUCAAUUUACUCAACAGCAACAACAACAACAGAGUCAAGUAGCUCAGCAAGGAUCAGCUUCGGCUUAUUUUAAUCCUAUGGCAGCUUUCAUGGCGGCUGCAGCUGCAAUGCAAUAUGCCAAUCCACAAUUAUCAACUGGUAUAACAGAAAAUCCAUCAAGUCGUUCAACAUCUAUUCCAUUACAAUUGAACACGAUUGUUAGUCAUCCUACAAUCGGUGUUGCUCAUCAGCAUAAUCCACUUACAGGAACUAAUCAUUCAGUACCGAAUGCUUCAGCGUUAGCAUCAUUGGCUGCCGGUUGUCCAGCCACUACUUUACAAAAUAAUACACUUCCUCAAUUAGCUUCAUUGUUCCCUUUGACAGAUGUCGCUCUAUUAUCUCCAGCCGCUUUAGCUGCUCUUACUCAAGUUGGCGCGGGUGCAGUUAAUGGAGGUUUAUUAACUGAAGCUGGAGUUUCCGUUAAUAACGAAUUUAACAAUGCGUUUGGUACUGGUUUAUUAGUUUCUGCUUCACCAUCCACAAUAUCACCGCCGAGUUUCGCCAGCAUAGGUAAUGGUACUACCCAAGGUCAACAACCAGUUUCUAUCUCUUCAUCAACUGGUAGUGUUUUACCAAAUGUUUCUCUUGGUGCAACUGCUAAUAUCUUGGUCUCAUCUCCAGGAAUGGUUACUCCGGUUGCUUCUACACCUCCUACCGUUAGUCCGGCUAUUUUACCGUCACCAAUAACAAAUGAGCCUGUAGGUUUGUAUGCAGCCGCUGUCGCUUUACAGAAUUCAACUGCAGUAGGUCAUACAAAUGCGAACGGAUUACAAUUUCCUCAAUUACAUCCAUCGUUUGCAGCAGCUGCCGCCGCCGCUGCCCAGUCAAUGACACCAUCUCCAGUGAACACUGCACUGAAUUCGUAUUUCACGGAAAAUGCAGCUUUACAAGCGGCGGCGUUAGCUGCCGCUGCAGCCGCGUCUGGUCAGUCGUUUACUAAUGAUCCUAUCGUUCAUCAACUCUAUGCUGGUCUUCAAGCCUACGGGUUAGCGUAUCCUACUGGAGGUGCCGCAUAUACCACUUUUCCUAAUCUACAUCAUCAAGCUUUAUCAAUGCCUGUUCAACAGAAAGAGGGUACCAGGGAACUGAUAUUAACAGGUCCCGAAGGAUGUAAUCUAUUCAUUUAUCAUUUACCACAAGAAUUCGGUGAUAAUGAAUUAGCUCAAAUGUUUAUGCCGUUUGGUACAGUGAUCAGCGCUAAAGUUUAUGUUGAUCGAGCUACUAAUCAAAGCAAGUGUUUCGGUUUUGUCAGUUUUGAUAAUCAUACAAGUGCUCAAAAUGCAAUUCAAGCAAUGAAUGGUUUUCAAAUUGGUAUGAAACGAUUGAAAGUACAGUUGAAGCGUCCUAAAGGCGGUAACACUUCAUCAACAUCAUCAUCGUCAAAUACAAAAUCUUCUCGUGAUACUACUACUACUAAUACGCAUACUGGACAAAGACAAGACGGUGAUUUAUCUCUUCCUUCACAGGAUUCUAUAUACUCUGAGAUAGUCGUAAGCCCUACUGAAACAGUCUCAGUCGCUCCGGUACCUGCUUUAUAA